AGCUUGGGGAAAAUAUUAGUGCUGAAACGAACGCGGAAGCUGUCGUGACUCCUUCAAAUGGUGAAAGAUUUUUUUUCAUGAUUUCGUUUUUAUUGCCAAUUAGGGUAGGCGAUAAGAAGGGAUGGUGACAUUUAACGGCAAUCAAACAGUGUCGUCUAGAUAUAAAUGACGUCUUUAUGAAUACACUACAGUAUGCCGUCCUUACUGUAUAUAUAACCCAGGCUGGUUAAGUGGGGCUUUCUCCUAAAGCUUUUCCCAAGUGCCUUUUUCACUAGACUACUUUAUGGAAAUUGGAAUACUUCGUGGGGAUCAUAUCACAUUACAAAGAUUUACAUUUUAUUCUAUUUACUCCAUAUAAAUUUCAAUGUCCCUGUACGAAGAGCAGCACGUGGCUGGAUUUGAAAGUGUCUGGUUUGUGUAGCCUUUGGAUGAAAGAUUGGCUGAAGUUUGGUAAAGGCAAUCAUCUUUCAUUUUACUGUGAAGAAAACUCUGCAGACUGUCCAUCGUGUCAUCGGAAAUCAAGCUCGACUUGAAAGAUGCUGUAGUUUACAGUAAAUCCUGUUCAUUAUGAGUACAAUGGGUAAACUGAAUCCGGAGCAUUGGAAAGCCUAAAAAACGAGAGAAAAGCCAAAUGCUUAUGUAAAACUAUAUCCCCCAGCAUACAUUUCAAUCCUAGGAGGGCAAAGAGAAAAAAAAUGGAGUUACAACAUGCUGCGGGAGCAAGUCUUUCUACACAGAGGCAUGCAUCCAGGUGCAUUCUGAAGUUACUUCAUUGGCCGGUUAGGAAUUUUGGUGUCUGUAGAUCACCUCCUUAACUUCAGCCUUCCCAAUCCAGCUGAAUGUGAGCGGUGUGGCGUCACACACUCGUACAGAAAUCCUUUCUGAACUUGAUCUUUCCCAAUGUAUGCGUUAUCUCGCCAGUAAAUUCCAUGGGAAAUCACAGCUUUGCAGAUGUCGAUAAAGUUUAUGUGGGAUAAAUCAACUUUAAAUGUCCUCCAACUAAUUUGGGACCGCUUUGUGGAUCGGAUCGAUCAGAUCUCCGGUUAUUGGGGAUGAUGAUGAUGAUGGGGGGGGGGGAGGAAUUGCACAUAGAGGUGGUACUGCGGACUAGACGACGGAAGCGGUUUCAGGUAGAAAGCAGCGCGCCUCUCUUUUGCUCCAAUUUGCAGAGUUUUCGCCACUUGUAAAGAAAAUUAGGAGUUCCACUCAAUAAUGUUCCCGAUUCACAUUGUUUCCGGCAGGGUUAGUCUGUUACAGGAAAACAGCAGUCUCGAGCUACUUUUAAAAACCCAUUCGUUUUGUUCUGGAAUCAGAAUAAAAGUGUGAGGUACGUUUCUGCGAUGGUAACUUUUGUUCAAAGAAUUCUUGAUCGAUUUACAGAUCACGCUAAACUAACUCCCGGUUCCUCUUUGUAUACAUUGUAAGUAUUGCGUGAAUUCAGCCACGGGGACUUCUACUCCCGGGUUAUACCAAGGUUCAUGGUGCUGUACUCAGGUGCCUGUUGACUGAAAUGGGACGCGCGCCUGGGCUUGUUCGCCCACUCCUGGGCCGAGUCCGUGGACGCCGGCAAACAAAAAGAAAAAGCCGCGAGGUGUUCCCCCACCCCACCCUCGGCGGUGGCUGGUAGGGAAGGUCCCGUGGCGGACUUGUCUCUUCGGUCCAGUCCGGGCCGUCCGCCAAAUUGCGAGGGUGGCGCUGUUGGGCGAAAAUGUGUGGGGAGAAACGGUUCGGAAUGCAAAGUGGGCGACGAGGAGGAGGGGCCGGGCUGCGAAGCGCAGACGGAGGGGGGCUUGGGGCGGGCUGGCGUUCUCGCGCCGGGGCUAUAUAGAGCCCCGAGCGGUGCGAACAUGCUCACUUAGCGGGCGCUGCGCGGAGCCCUGGCGUAGGCGCGAGGUAAAGGUUGCAGGUAGGGCUGGGGAGAAGGAGGCGUGGAACAGCGGCAGUGGCGCUCCAAGCAACCACCUCUAAAGACUCCUUCGGUGUUCUAGCUGAAGCAGGCAAGGUGGUCGCAGCGCGCGCCCUUUUAUUAGGGGAGCCCGGCGGUGCGCGAGCGGGUGAGGCAGGACGAAGGGCAAUCCUUUUAUCCGAACUUGCACUUUGCUCCCCUACUUUGCCGACUUCCCGCGUCGACUCGCCGCGUGUGGGCUUGGCUUCUCCUGCAGGGGAGAGGCAAGGUGGCCGUUAGGUAACAGGGCUUGUGCUCGCCGCGCAAAACAACCGCUGAGUCAGAAGCGGGGAGGAGUUGUACUUCUUACGGGUCCGUCCCGGCCAGCCAGGUGUCUUUUUAGAGUGUCCAAAGAGUGAGUGUUUGUGCGAGAGAAACUCUUGCCUGCCUCUCUGAAGAGUGGGAGCCCCUCUCCCGAAUUGCUCGGGGCAAGGCGCGCGAGAACGGGGACUCCCCCUGCUCUGAGCUGGCACGCUGCUUUUGACUUGUCGAGCCGGUGCCCAAGUCCUGUGCAGGGGAACCCAGCGCCCUCACGCCCUCGGUCGCGCCGUCGUCAGACGGGCUCCCCGAAUCCUCCGUGGCUCCUCUGUCGAAGGGAGGCUCGGCAGCCAUGAACAUCAUCUUGGAAUUCUUCGUGGUCACCUUCAAGGUCCUCUGGGCUUUCGUGGUGGCCGCCGCCAAAUGGCUCAUGCGCCCCAAGGAGAAGAGCGUGGCCGGGCAGGUGUGCCUCAUUACCGGCGCCGGCAGCGGGCUGGGCCGGCUCUUCGCUCUGGAGUUCGCCCGCCGCCGAGCGCGUUUGGUCCUGUGGGACAUCAACACGCAGAGCAACGAGGAGACGGCGGGCAUGGUGCGGCACAUCUACCGGGAGAUCUCGGAAGAAGCCGUGGUCGCGGCUCAGAAAGCUGGGCAUGGUGAAGAGGAAGUGCUACCUCCCUACAACUUACAAGUUCAUACAUACACUUGUGAUGUGAGCAACAGAGAGAAUGUGUACAAGACUGCUGAGAGAGUCUGCAAGGAGGUUGGUGAAGUCUCAGUCCUCGUGAACAAUGCUGGUGUUGUUUCUGGCCACCAUCUUCUGGAAUGUCCUGAUGAGCUUAUUGAGAGGACCAUGAUGGUUAACUGCCACGCACAUUUCUGGACUACUAAAGCAUUCCUUCCCAAAAUGCUGGAACUGAACCACGGACACAUUGUCACUGUUGCAAGCUCUCUUGGCCUCUUUAGCACUGCUGGAGUAGAGGAUUAUUGUGCCAGUAAAUUUGGAGCUGUGGGGUUUCACGAGUCCCUGAGCCAUGAACUAAAGGCAGCUGAAAAAGAUGGCAUUAAAACAACACUGGUUUGCCCUUACCUUGUAGAUACAGGAAUGUUCAGAGGCUGCAGAAUUAGAAAAGAAAUAGAGCCAUUCCUUCCACCUUUGAAACCAGAUUACUGUGUAAAGCAAGCUAUGAGAGCUAUACUGACAGAUCAACCAAUGAUUUGCACACCUCGUUUGAUGUAUAUGGUUACCUUCAUGAAAAGCAUCCUACCUUUUGAAGCAGUUGUGUGCAUGUACCGGUUUUUGGGAGCAGACAAGUGUAUGUAUCCUUUCAUUGCUCAACGAAAACAGGCCACAAAUAACAAUGAAGCAAAGAAUGAAAUAUAACAUUUUAUAAAGGACUGUUAUUUGUAACAGAAUUAUUAUCAAAUGCUAGAACUGUAUUCUGGAGUGCACUUGCAUUUAGCAGGAGCAACUGUUAACAUUUUAUCAUGACAUUCUCUUGGAUCCUAUACCUGAAUAGUGAACAGGAAAAACUUUUUUUUUUACAUAUUGUAUGUAGAGUAAUCAGAAUUCCUGAGAACCAUGAGAGGCAAAUUCAUAAAAAGUAGUGACCACCCUUGUUCUUUUGAAACUUUAUUAGAUGUACAGUAAUAUGCUACUCUUUUUAUAGAGAGAAACUUUAUAUGAUUUCUCUUGAGAUGGUCAUGCAAUUAGAUGAUCCAAUUGUUUCAUCGAUUGUUCGUUUUCUUGUGAUGUUUUCAUGGGUUGUCAUUUACAUUAUGUAAUGUAGCAGAGGCAGUGCUUCAAAAGCUCACAGUCUAAACAAUACAUUGUAAUUACUUUUAUUUUUUAAUGUUGCAUAUGUUGAACUUAAAUAUGUUUUCAUUAACAUGAAGUUUGGAAUGCUUUCAGAAUGGAAAGUCAUAAUCCAUACCAUCUCUUUCUGUUACUUAGAUAAGAAUAUAUAGCUUGAAUUUAAAAUCAACCACUAUAAAAGCCAACUUUAAUGGAAUUGGAUGAGCAAAGGAAUAAACAGCUAAAUACUCUUUCUAGACUAUAUAGUGAAAUCCGUUUCCCCAUCAUUGAUUACUGUCCAAUAACCCAUGUUUUUGCUUAAAAUUCAAAAGCAAAUUGAGUUAAGAAAAAAAUAAAUCAUAGUCGUCCUGCCAACUGUCACAUUAAAGAGUUACAUAAACAAAAUGUAUUAUUAGAUGCAACUUGAACAUUAGAAAGACUAAAAUGUUUUUUUAAAUUGCAUUAUAGAGCAGAAAACAUUUUUUACCUUUUUUUGUAAGAACAAUUUUGUGCCUUGAAUUUGGUGAACUGUAUUAGUAGAAUAUUGUAAAGGUGAACUUCUACCUCUAUAUCUAAAUGUAUAUCAUUUGUUUGUAAAUUUGUUUUAAAAAUUGUGACUUUUUUUUUAGAAUGUCAUGUUAAAUACUGACCAACUUUUGUGGUUAUUAAAAUUAUCCACUUGUUCUUUAA